AUGGAUGCCUUUGUGACCAGGCGGCCACAGAAACGCAAAACAAGCGACGACUUUGCCGUGGAAUCGCAUGAAGAAUCGACAGACAUCAAACUGGCGAUUCUAGCUUCCCUUCAUCCUGAUAUCGAACAAGAAAUGCUUCUUGAUAUUCUUUUAGCGCACGACGGCGAUGUCCAGGCCACAUCCAACACCCUCAAAUCACCAUCUACCCCUCGAUCUGUCAAAAAGACUGCCAACAACAGAAUAGCAGGACAAACAUCCCUACGAGCCUUCGCUAUCGACCCAUCAUCCGGCGAGCCAUCCCCAAAGAAACCCAAAAUUCUCUCCAAAAAAGGCCAAACACUACACCUCUACGACCCGCAAGACAUAAGCGAGCACACCCCCUGCACCAUAAUCCACAACUUCCUCCCCGCCCACGAAGCCAACGAGCUUCUAUCCGAACUCCUCGAAGAGUCCAAAACAUUCCAAAAGGCAUCCUUCAAACUAUUUGACAACAUCGUCUCCAGCCCCCACACCUCGGGGUUUUACGUUGGCAGUCAGAAGGAACUGCAAGAGCAGAAGGAUGACUACCACUAUAACGGUGGCAGGAUCAGCGAUGUCCGCACCCUGACACCAAAACUAGAAGCUGUACGGGGGCGAGUGCAAGAGACAGUCAAUUCGGCAAUUGAAGAGCACAUUCGCACUCAUCACGGUGGUCAGAAGCCAAGACAUCAGCCUUCCGAGCCUUGGUGUGCGAAUGCAGCUUUUGUGAAUUGUUACAAUGGGCCGCAGGAGAGCGUUGGUUGGCACACCGACCAACUAACCUACCUCGGCCCCCGCCCCACAAUUGCAUCCCUUUCCCUAGGCGUAACCCGCGAGUUCCGCCUCCGUCGUAUAUCUUCUUUUCUGCCCUCUUCCACAUCUGACAAUCCUGAUCCAAACCUCCAAGGCCAAGUCUCGCUCCCCCUCCCCCACAACUCCUUGUUGAUCAUGCACUCCACCACCCAAGAGGAAUGGAAACACUCUGUGUCACCUUCCCCAACCCUAACCCCGCACCCUGUGUCGGGCAAUAUCAGGAUCAACAUCACCUACCGCCACUAUCGCUCUGCUUUUCACCCGAAAUAUACACCAAAGUGUCACUGCGGUGUGCCAGGGGUGUUGAGGGUGGUGACGAACGACACCAAGCAAGCAAACGGUGAGAGGGAGAGGAAGGAGAAUCGGGGGAGGUAUUUCUACAUGUGCCACGCGGGUAACGUACCCGACCCUACCAAAAAGAAGUGCGGGUGGUUUUUGUGGGGCGAUUUCGACCAAGAUGGAAAUCCGAGGGGUCUAAAUAUGGCCAAUCAGAGCAAGCCGGGGUGA